CCUCGAAACAAUCGCCCAGCAACGAGCCACCCAAUCAAGGAGGAAGAUCGCUGGUUUGCCUUUUCAUGUUCUAAGCAGGGUGGUGCAACCGAUCCAGUGGGAAGGCUCGCGCGGUGGCUAUGCGAGGCUUGUCACACGCGUGCAUGCACCCAUGCAGCGAAACAUCUUUAAGGGCCGGGCCUCGCCGUUGGAACUUCGACGUCUUUCAGCUUCCACGCCUUCCUGAUACCCUUUGUUGUUGUUUCACGGUCUCUUUGGUUUGUUCACAAGUGCGAAGGGUUACUGUGACAGAGGGACGUCUUGAAGCUUCUACCUAUGCGAGCCUCGGUUGCGCGAUCACGGCUAUGACUGGGUUCCUGCAUGCGACACGAACAGGACGAAGACGACGAGUAGCACGCUGAACGGACUUUGAAUCGACUCACGCAUUUUAGGAAUUAGGCGAACCCGAGCGACGGAGUAGGAAGAAGCAUUCGCAUACAUCUUCUAAGGCGCCAAAGUCCCGAUCAACAACCAGAAAGCCGCAUGCUUCGCCGUCAGUGCCAAA